AUGAGUGAAUCGGUGAUAGUUGUGAACCGAAGCGAUUCGGUGGACGGGAGCCGAAGAACGGAGACAAUGGGUGACAACGAAAGCGAUUUACUGGAGUUGACUCCAUUGGGUUCGGGCCAAGAGGUGGGCCGCAGCUGUAUAUACCUGGCCUUCAAAGGGAAGCGCAUUCUUCUGGACUGCGGUCUGCAUCCGGGUCUGAACGGAAUGGACGCCUUGCCGUUCGUGGAUGUGAUAGAUCCGGAACAGAUAGAUCUGCUGCUCAUCACUCACUUUCAUUUAGACCAUUGCGGAGCUCUUCCCUGGUUUCUCAUGAAGACUACAUUCAAAGGCCGGUGUUUUAUGACUCACGCGACGAAAGCCAUUUACCGCUGGAUUUUAGCCGAUUAUAUCAAAGUGUCGAACAUUUCGGCGGAACUAAUGCUUUACAAUGAGUCAGAUUUGGAGCAAUCGAUGGACAAAAUCGAAACCAUUAACUUUCACGAAGAGAAAGAGGUCUCUGGAGUGCGCUUUUGGUGCUAUAACGCGGGCCACGUGUUGGGCGCCGCUAUGUUUAUGAUAGAGAUCGCCGGCGUUAAGGUCUUAUACACCGGAGACUUCUCACGUCAAGAGGACAGGCAUCUCAUGAGCGCUGAGAUACCCGCCAUCCGACCCGAUAUAUUGAUCAUUGAGUCCACUUAUGGCACACAUAUUCACGAGAAGCGCGAAGAACACAAUGAUCUCACACCUGAAGACUACGUCCGUAAACGCUUCCAACAGUCCGAUCAGUCUAUUGAAGCAUUCAGUGCUUUUGAAUACGUCGGGACGCAAACCAUUACUCCGCCGACAGAUUUCAAACCACUUCAAGAGACUGUGAGAAGACAUUUAAGCAACUCUACCGUUCGGUCGAGUCGUACUUCCGAUGUUGUCUUCACGGCCUUAAAACUUUUGAAUGAAAAAUUUUCUGGAGAUAUCAAUAAAGCGAUUCCGAAGACCCUCUUUGACGCUUACUUUAAGUGUUCGGUGCACUGUCUCUCCUGCAGCUCUCAAUGUGUGUAUUCAAUGAACCAUUUGCGAGACGGUGUGUCCCACUCGGCGCACACCAAAUGCAAGUUUCAACACCAGUUUAAUAAUCAGAUCUACAUCUGUCGGGUGUGUCAUAACGAUAGAGGAGAGAUCAAUACAGUCAUACCAAAGACCACCGCAUCCGACGAGUCCUCACUGCUUGGUAUCGCUAAAUACGCGUGGAGUGGAUAUAUACUCGAGUGUAAGGUCUGUGGCGUUAUAUACCGGAGC